CUGCCAGAGACCCCGGGCAGGCUGUCCGACGAGGCCGAGGACAUGCUCACUAGGAGUUUGAUGAAGGACCCGAGAGAGAGGUGGACGACGGCUCAGCUCCUCCAGCACCCGUUCUUUGAUUCAAUUGAGGAGGAGGAGGAGGAGAUUUGGAUGGAUCAAGGGAUUUGGGAUUCUCUGGAGGACUCCCAUUUUUCUGAAACUCCUGAUGAAAUCGAAUUGUAUUCGUAUUCCCCGACAGACCGGGUUCGGGCUUUGGUCAGAGUAUAUCAUAUUAACAAUCUCCUUCGAAGAGAUCAUGUCUCUGUUCUUUCUUCCGAAGCGAGCCAUUGUCAAGGAAUUGAUGCACCGAAUCUGCUCUUGCAACCUUCCUCGGACUCUGGUCUUCCCCUUCUUUCUAUGACCGCCAGCUUUCUGAUGGGGAAGAUUUCCCCUUUUUCUUUUUUCUUUUUUGUUUUUUGUUAA